AGUGACUCAUCUGAUAUUCCUCUCAUUUACGUUACCCCUGAGACAGUGACACCCUCCAUUGGACACAGAAUGGCUGCAGCUCCAGUGGAGUACACCAUAGGAGGGGUGAAAAUAAACUUCCCCUGCAAAGCUUAUCCCUCUCAGCUGGCCAUGAUGAACUCAAUCAUUCGUGGACUUAACAAUGGCCAACACUGUCUGCUGGAGAGCCCUACUGGCAGUGGAAAGAGUCUUGCUUUGCUUUGUUCAGCGCUCGCAUGGCAGCAAGCACAGUUUGGUAAAGAACAGGAUGCAGGUUCUAGUUCAGCUGACUGUAAGAAACCAGCAGUGGCUACUCCAUGUCAGUGUGUGUGCCAUAACCAAAAUGCACACCCCACUUCCAGCAGAACAGCAUCUAUACCAUCUCUGGGUGAUCUUCCUUGUGAAGGUACUUCUGCACAAGCUACAACCCCUCUCUCAAAACAUGCAGUCAAAAGUGACCAGUCUAAGAAGUCCACUUUGUCUUCCCGUCUCUCUGAGAAACUUCAGGCCUCUCUCUCCAAUGGAGAACAAGAUGAUGAUUUUAAGAUUGACAGGAAGCGCAUUCGUACACCAAGCACAGAGCAGAAGAACAGCAAGCGAAGAUGUCUCGAGCGAGGAGUGAUUUACAUUGAUGAUGAUGAUGAUGAAGAGGAGGAGCAUCUGGAGAGACUGGUGCCCAGGGCUCAGAGUUGGAGCAUGGAAUUGAACAGUGGUGCCAGAGCUGAGAGCUGCCAGUCACAGUCACAGUGUUGUGUGAGUGCACCUCAGACACAUUUUCUUAUCUCUAAUUGGGAGACUAUGAUGUAAUAAAGUGUCAGUAAUAGCCAUGGAGAGCACUGUUUGAUAUUUCUCCUCAUUUCAUCAUCCAAUACCAUUAAAGGGAUAGUUUAACCAAAAAUGAAAAUUCUGUCAUGAUCUACUCACCCUCAUGUCAUGUCAAUGCGUUCACACUAGAAGCGACUUUGUCUCUGCGUGUCGCCAGGGACUGGAGAUGAGGUUGCUAGUGGGUGUUCUCACAACUGGUUGUUUUGACAGCGAAUCAGGU